UACACUUCUCAUUGAGAAACAAGAUUCUGGAACAACAGUAAACAGUUCAUACUUAAAAUAAAAAUAAAAAUCAACACUUGCUGUAAUAAGAGAUUUUUAAAGAAACCACAAGACAAAGUAAAGAAGAUGGGAUCUGGGGCUGGAAGCUUCCUUAAGGUUCUUCUUAAGAACUUUGAUGUUCUUGCUGGGCCUGUGGUUAGUCUUGUUUAUCCUCUAUAUGCCUCAAUUAGAGCAAUUGAGACCAAGUCUCCCAUUGAUGAUCAGCAGUGGCUCACUUAUUGGGUCCUUUAUUCUAUGAUUACACUCUUCGAACUCACAUUCGCUAGAGUCAUCGAAUGGAUACCAAUCUGGUCAUACCUAAAGCUCAUUAUGACGUGCUGGUUAGUUAUCCCGUACUUCAGUGGUGCUGCAUAUGUUUAUGAGCACUUCGUAAGGCCUUUCUUCGUUAAUCCACAACAAACCAUUAACAUCUGGUAUGUCCCAAGGAAGAAGGAUGCCUUCAGUAAGAAAGAUGAUAUUCUAACCGCUGCAGAAAAAUACAUUGAUGAGAAUGGUACUGAAGCUUUUGAGAAGCUCAUUCACAGGGGUGAUAAGUCCAGGAGCAGCGGUUAUGCAAACACCAUCUUCGAUGAGGAUCAUAGAUAUUAAAGCUUGCAACUUUCCGCUCUGCAGCCGGUUUAUCAUGGAUGGCAAGUGACUAGUGUUCUCUACUUUUGUGGCUGAAGCUAGAGUUUUUCUCCUUCGUCUGUUAUGGUACCGACGGAUAAUGAGUUUUAAUGUUAUAGAGUGUAAUUACCAUGUUCUUCGAUGAUGUUUCUCGUGUUUUUUUUCUUAGUCAUGCACAUAUGACAUAACUUUAUAGUGGAAGAUAAAUUUCUAAUGUAGUUAUAGUAACACUGGUUAUCUUAAGUCAGGGAAAAUGACGAGGCUCACUGCCUUAUCACUUGUAUGAAAUUAUAUAUUGCAUAUUGUUGUGUUUC